CGAGGCUGAAGCGUCGCGGGCUCGCUCGCAUCUCGCGCAUUAAUUACAUGACCCUCCCGCGCAAUGGUUUAUCUUUGGGCAGGUAGGAGGUAUAUAUUGAUACCUAUGCAACGCCUCCCUCUCUUACCUGUAUAUCUAUAUCUACCUAGGUACCUAUAUAUCCACCUAUAUAUCUACGUACGUGGAUAUGUUACCCAAGGAGCUACCUACCUAUGUGGGUGCGCGAGAUGCCGGAGGACGAGGAGGCAGACCUUGAUCACCGAGUCUCAUGUAUACCCGAGGUACCUCCUCAUACCUCUAUGCACACCUACCUACCUACCCCGAAGGACUUGGGUACAUUUAUGUACAUAUAUACUGACCCUCUCCUCCCCACCUCCCCUAUCUUCUCCCCCCUCCCUCUCUCUCCCUCAACUCGGCCGUCUCCACUCUUUUCACCUCCUCACCUCCUCACCAGGGCCCCCUUCACCUCCUUCACCUCCUCAUCUGCUGUCUCGCCAACGGCGAACAACCCUUUCACUCCCUCUCUCCCUCUCCUCGCUGUCUCCUCUCCCCUCCGCUUCUUCCGUUCUUCCACGCUGCUUCUCUAGCCCUUCCACGUCUCCGCCUGCUGCUGCGUAAUUGUCCCGUCAUAUUCGUAGCCUCCACUCUCAUCGCCAUCAUCUCACCAUCGUCAAUCAUCCUUACAUAGAUACCCGGCUAGCCCAUCUCUUUCUCUCCACCGCGCCCCCCUUCCUCUUCGUCCGCCAGCGAUUCGGAUCGUCCCCUGGUAGGUCCGCUCCACCUCACCGCCUACCCGGGUAGGUAUAAAACAUAACAUCGAGCAAUAAUACCUACAUUGUUCCUGUCGAUCGUCGCCCUCGUUUGUUACCGUCGUCCUUAUAAUUGCUACCCUUCUCAGUCCCAUACUACGAAUGACGGAAUCUGGUCGUGUCGCGCGUCUUCUCCCCGACAUUACUAUCAUUAUGUGUUACUAGCCAUCCCGUCGCCCCUCCUCUUCCUCCUCCUCCUACUCCUCCCCCAAGCCCACGGCCCACCAAUCCGACCGCCUCAUAUCCAUCACAUGGUAAAUCAACACCGCCCAUCGCCGGCCUGCGCGGAACGAGAGGGGUCCGUUGUUGAUGCUGCACUGAUCCGAUCGCGAUUCCUGUUGGUCUUAGUCAUCCUAGUUCCUGAGUGAUUUUAUCGGUUCCCACUCGGCCUGGGCAGUGGCAGCAGUAGUUGGUCGUUGCGCGCACCUCAAAUAAUACCCGCCGAUCACACUCGAUGCUUUUAUUCCGGUGAUCCCGCAGUUCAUAUCCUCUCGCCGCCCGCGAAAUCCCC